UUAAGUAAGUAGGUGGAGAAAUGUGGGUGUUCUUUAGAUAUUCUUUAGAUUUCUAUAUGAAUAUAAUGACUUGUGACAGUGGCUACACUGUCUGUACUCAUUAUCAAACUGUGCCUCUGUCAACUACUUUAUCAGUUAUUAGAGUUGUACUACCAUUGAACCAUUGAUUGUGUGCAUGUUGAAGAUGAAUUCAACCAUUACCAUUACCAAGUAGUGAAGCCUGGUUGGGAAUAAGCAGAAAAGGUUUGUGGCUUUCAGCUGAAUGAUUCCCUUCAUCGAUGACAUCACACCGAAUGACGACCAAUCGCGUCACAAACCUCUUUCUCAAAAGUUGUCCUGGCAGACUAAGAGCAGGUCACAAAGUUCUUCAUCUUCAUCUUCACCUCUUCAGCACAGCCUCUCUGAUGGGAUUUGGCCAAAAAGACAUGUCUCAUCUUCAGAAUCAUGAGAUAAACGUGAUGCUGAGGGUCUCGCACCUUCCUCUUGUCCGCUCGGUGCUGCAGUCGGUGAGCUCUGUCUACUCAGAGGUCAAAGGGCGUUAUCCUCUGCUCGGCCUGGUGGGAGGAGUAGCCGAGUUUGGCGUCCGAAACGUCUCCAUGGAGGCCAUGAAGAGAGCCACACCCGUCAUGCAGACCUUGAGACCUCAGAUUGAAAUUGCCAACAAUUUCGCCCUUGUGGGUCUGGACCAGUUGGAGAAGACAUUUCCCAUCCUGAACCAGUCCACGGAUGAGGUGAUAGGUCACUUGAAAGACGCCUUCUUCCUGACAAUGGAUGACAUGCAGCUGUGGAUGGGGGCCGGGUUGGAUGGUGCUCUGGACCAGCUGGAGCGCCUGUCUCACUCGGCUUGGUUGGCGAUGCGACAACUGCAGGACUCUCAGGUCGGCCGCGCGGCCACAUUGGGCCUGGACGAUUUGCUGAGCCGCAUUGAGAACGUCACCGCCUACUACUUGCCCCUCCCACCCACUCUGCGUCGCGAGUGGGAGAUGAGAGUUCUGGAGUAUGAAGAUGAGGAUGAGGACGACGAGCCCAGCAUCUGGACAAGGGUCCGAAGUCUCCUGCUGGGUCUCAGUCUGCAGCUGUACCACCGCAUGAUGAAGGUGCAGGAGCAGCUGGAGGAAGCUGCCAGAAAUCUGGGAGACGCCGCCGACUCGGUGGGUCUGGGUCAGGUCCUGGAGCUGCUGGGCAACCUGUUGCAUUUCCUGCAAAGACUACUGGUGACGCUGCUGUACCGGGCUGAGAGCCUCAAAGAGCUGUCACUGGGCAGGGUUAAAGAUCAGGCCAUGAUGCUGGCGGAACUGCGUCCGGUGAGACAAAUUCAAGCGUUGCCAGUCCAGGUCCAGCAACUUCUUGUAGACCUGCAACAACUCUCCAAGAUCCUCCUGCAGCUCCUCAUCAACUCCACGCCUCUCUACAACAUGCUCCAGCAGCCUUCUGAGAAGGACGUGGAGGACUUCCUGAACCAGGAGGACUUUCGGUCCGACGGCUCAUCCCGGCGUGGCUCCAGUAAUAGCCUAUUCCUGAAAGCCAUGGACGGACGUCCUCGCCGCCGCACUAGUCUGUACUCACGGGCCGUCCGCAGUCCUGGUCCUGACGGCAAUACCGGCCGCCGUUCCAGUUUGAAGCAGGACUUCGAGCCAGAAGGAUCCCCUGUCCCUUCCGAAAGCUCCACCUACCGCCGGCCCUCCGCCACAGAGGUGCUCCUCACCCCGCUCAAGCAGUUCGUCUCUCAGAGCCAGAAGGCCUUCGAGUACCUGAAUCCUAACUCGGCUGAAGGGUCCAACAGCGCCACCGAUUGAUUGCACACUGCCGCACUCCUCCUCACCUGGCACCGCUUGCAGUCCACCUACUGAUACGUUAGGACCCGCCCCCUUCAAUGGUGCCAUAUUUCUGAUGCGUUUAAUGCUGGUGAGCUUACAGUAUACGCCGUCUCCAACAGAGCCAUUGGAAAACUCCUUUAAUCAUGGAUGAUGCUUUAAUGAAACGCUACCACCUGCUGUGUUCAAGAUGGCGACAUGGUGAGCUAACAUCUAGGGCUGAAUGCCAACUGCUAACUAGCUAGUUUGAAAAUCACGGUCAUGUGACGAGCCUUUGGCAGGUGGUAACGGUUCUCAA